CAAGGGUCCACAAAAAUACGAAAGGUAGCUAUGACCGGCAACUUUCCCAUUAGGCCCCCCGAUUUCUCCAAUCAAUAUUCUCAUACAAGGAAGGAUCAAAUUUCCGAAGUGCCCAUUGGGCGGGUCUUGCUGACAGCGAUACCAUGUCUGACCCUCUCCGUCAUACUUAGUAGAAGAUGACUGGCUAUACUCACGAGAGCCCAAUUGUAUAGUCCCACCUGAGACAAUGUCUAGGAUGUCUCUUUCGGGGCUUGUAAGCAAUACUAGGACGAUAUUGUGGGUUCGUACAUCAGCUAUAACAAUCAAAAGGGACUCUGGCUGCCUCCGCUUUCGAGGGUUUUGUUUUCUGGAGCUUGAGCUUGAUUCCUCUUUGCUCGUGUGUUCAGCAUGUGGUCGUCGACGAAACGGCCUUGGCCAGUGGCCGCUCUCAUCUUCACAAUCUUUUGUUUCGCCUUGAUAUGGAUGUCAUCAUAUCGGCCAAGCUUUGGUCAUCCCGCCAGCUUGGGUUCAAGCGUUAGAUACGCCAGUAAUUCGACGCUGGGAUUCCAAAAGAUCUUCUACAUCAGUCUGCCGCAACGCCUAGACCGGCAUGAUGCAAUUACAUUGAUUAGCUCAAUGAGUGGAGUAUCGCCAACGCUCGAACCGGGAGUCAAUGGCACUUUAUUGCUCGAGAAGGCAUUGCCGGAAGGCAGCGGAAGUCUUCGACCGGAGCAGCUUGGAUGCUGGAGGGCACAUGCAAACGUCUGGAAACGAAUGUUAGACGAAAAUAUCGAGACUGCAAUGAUUGUCGAGGAUGAUGUUGACUGGGAUAUUCAUGUCCGCGACGUUUUCACCGAGUUGAGCCAUAAUCUUGCGCAGCAGACUUUGUUCCCAAGUUUGUCACCUCGUUCAAACCAAACGAUAGCUCCGUACGGUCUUGACUGGGACAUCUUGUACGUUGGCUCUGCGUGGGACAUUCCGAAUGAAGAAAAUCGUCCACCUCAUCUGCUCUAUCACGACCCGUUUGCGCCUACCCGAGAUCAAACCGGCGGCUCUUAUGUCAACGAGCUCGAGGGAUGGGGAGCGAAAGUGACAAACACGUCCCGACAUCGCUUAGUUGCUCCUUCUUGGUACCCCGUUUCCACGAUCGGAUACGCAGUCACCAAGAAAGGAGCUCAGAAACUUCUGUACAACCUUGGAUAUAAGGGAUUCGGGUCGCCAAUUGAUUUGGCCAUGAUAGAUCUCAUCAAAAAAGGCGUCGUGGACUCUUAUACCAUCAUACCGCCAAUCGUGACGCGGUUUCGGACGGGAGGAGCGAAAGAUAGCGACAUUGAUGAAGUCAAGCCGGAAGACGCUGAGGCCGAGCCGGGGUCUGAGAAUCUGAAUAUGAGCGCGAGGAAGGCAAUGGAAAGGCUUUCGAACAAAACAUCUUGAAUAUAAUGUUUAUCAUUUGCUAAUUGACUAUGUGCAAACACCACUGCAAAACAAUACCUACUGCCACGCAGUCUACGCAAGUAUCUCCAGUGAUAUAGGGAAAUGCACUUAACCUAGUGA